UGGAAAUAAAUAUAGUUUAUGAAGACUAAUAGUACUAUUGGAUAAAUAGACAACGCAGCUUUGGAUAUUAUUCGAGGAAUCAUUUCUGCAAGACGGAAGCCAUCGCGGUAAGUCAUUGCUUGAUUUUCUUUUUUUUAUGCAUAUGUGCUAAUAAGUAUCAAAGACCCGUUCUUCUAGCAUUAUUCGAUCUGAUUUUGCGACCUACAAUGAAUUUGAGAAGACGAACACCGAAGGAACUUAUUCUUAUGGCACAAGAAGCUCAGCGGGUACUUUUGUACGUGCUGGAAUACUUUGGGCCUGAUCCUUUCGAGUCAGUUUGGAAGAAUUUCAAGCCCAUGUACUUUGGACAAUUCAAGGAUCGUCGAAUCAAUCGCCCCGCACUAGAACUGGAGAACGAUGACGACGAUGACGACGAACCUUACGAGUGCUCCCUCACUGAGUUUGACGAUCUGUGGGAUCUUGCUGCUUAUUGUUUUGGAUAUGUCGAACCACGGCACAGAAAUAACAAGCAGCAGGAUCAGCAAUCGUUGAAGCAGCCUGCAGGGCAUAUGCGUCGGCGUAUGGUUCUCAAUGUAAUAAUUACAGUGCUGGAGGCGGAUUUACGAGACAGACGAGGGAGUAACUCGGCACUAGAGAAAUGCGAGUUUUUGAACACAUUACGAAAGGACAGUACCGGAAACCGUAGCCAGUUUGAUCGCUACCUCGAUAUUAUCUUCUGUGCAUUCGGAUGUCAUUCCAGCGAGGACGGGGAACCCACGCGGUUAAAAGAUGCUGAGGCUGCAGAAUUUGCAGGAAGACUGUUGAAUAUGAUGGGCGUGCUUUCCUAUUGCGAUAAUCUUGUCACCACUUCGGCCUUAGUAGAACAGACGUACCGACGAUUUCUGAAACUUGAUGUCGAGAGCUGUGCCAAUUUAAUACAGAUCAUUGAAUCUACAACAUUCCUAUCCGCUCUAUGCGACCUAUACCUAUCCGAUUCGGACUGCUCGUGCGUGCCUGAAGAGUACAUGAAAUUGCGUAAAGGACGACACACCACGUUUCUAGUCGAGAAAUUGCUACAUUUCAACAUCAAAACACGUCCAGUAAAACUCGAGUCCCUGGAGGACAUUUAUCGCCAUGUGAUGAUUGUGCUUUGGAGAUAUAUGCUGUAUUUUAACGAACGUUCGUUAAGAUACGAUGUCAGCCGAACGAAACAAGACGGAUCUCGUACAUUCCAUAGCAGAACUAUCUCAACAGUUACGGACGAUCAAAAAAUCGAAGUUAUUGUCAGCGGACCCGAUGCCAUUGCUCAAUGGAGAAAACAUGUUGACAGUAUGAUCAAAGAAGUCGGUGGCGACAGCCUGAGCGGCGAAAACGAUCGGAAACUCAAAAAGCAGAUCAAAUGGUCGAUACAACUGCUUCAGUUAUACAUGUAGAAAACCUAUUAUUGAACAAAGAAGUUUGUUGUUUUACAGCACGUUAUUACUUGUACAGAGCAUUCAAAACAACGAAAAGAAAUUAGAUCAUCCGCUGCUGUGCAGCUUACCGUAAUUACCAGGCUUUUUAUCU